UAUAUAGGAGUGAAUGGUCAAAUCCUUCAGAAUACCACCACUGUUUUUUGAAAUGUUCCAUAGACACGAAACAGAUUGAGGAAGACAUACGUAAAAUGUCUGUGCUAAAGACUGUCUCACAAAUACUGCUGUCCACUUGGCUUUUGAUACACAAUGGUGAUAUCUCAAGUACGUCUCUUAUUAUGUCAUUGAAUUGGUUUGAAGCUCAGCUCGAAUGUCACAAAAAUAAUGAUACAUUACCCAGCAAUACCUCUUCUGCUUCACCAGUAAUGGAAUUCUGGUCUGGCCUCUACCACAGACAGUCAUUAUGGAUUAAGAUUCUAGGCUGUUAUGAUUCAAGGGAUAUACAUGGAUAUCCAGAAAUCCAGAUGAUUUAUUCUUCCGCUGAUAUUGUCAUGAAAUGUGUAUAUCUCUAA